GCUAACACAAACGUUCGAUAACCACAAGUUAAAGUUUUUAACUCACAACAAAAUACCAAAAUGUUCCGCAUUAUCGCUGUAAUCUUCGCCCUGGUAGCAAUGGCUUUUGCUGCUCCUGGUUACAUUGAGCCCUCCUACGGAGUGGUUCCUGUGGCCCAGGUGGUGCCCGUGGUGAAAUCUGUUCCGGUGGUGAAGCAUGUUCCAGUGGUGCAGCAUGUUCCGGUGGUGAAAAAUGUCCCAGUGGUUCAGCAUGUCCCUGUGCUGAAGUCCUACGCUGUUCCCACCUAUGGACACCACAUCUACCAUGGUUAAAUUAUUGUAGCACAACCCCAUUAGAAAUUGACCCGACAUAAAUAAAUUGCCAACCAAAUCG